AGUAAUUUUGCAUGUUUGCAUGAGUAAUUUGCCACGAUAAUGAUAUAUCGGCUGGUCCACGAGACUAAGAAUAACUAUGUUCUUCAAAUAUAAAGUUUUAGUCGCUAGUGUGUGCUUGAGUGCGGUAACUUGUUUGGUACUUUGCUCGGAGCAUCAGGCUGUGGUUUAUGUGGACACAGUCAACGGUGUAGACAACAGUAGUUGUCGGCUUGGUGAGAUAGAACUGCCUUGCAAGUCGUCAUCAUUUGCCGGCGAUGGAAGACCUGAUGCUCUAGUAGCAGAGUUAAAACUAGCAUCUCAUCAGCUGCAUGGUUCAGAUGAAGAAUGUCAUCCAUGGAUGUUCUUCAACGAUACGAUUGGAGAGUGUGCGUGUGGUGACAUUCCCUAUCGCUCUGUUCUGUGUGAUCCCACAAUUCCUCAGACGUCUUUACUCGACUGUUACUGCAUGACGUAUGAUAACAUUACAAGAAAGACUGAACUAGGAGUGUGCUUCUUUGGCUGUGAUCGUACACUGUACGAUGGAUUACCAACUAAUGUGAGUGAUUUGAACUCCAAAAUGUGCGAAAAAUACAACCGAGGUUCAACACUGUGUGGGAAGUGUCUACCAGGAUAUUCCCCACUUGUGUACUCGUAUGAAAUGGAAUGCAUGAACUGUACAGGAGAGAACAUGACAUACAACUGGAUCAAGUACAUAGCGGUUGCUUACAUUCCAUUAACAUUCUUCUUUUUCAUUGUUGUGGGUUUCAAAUUCAGUGGAACAUCUCCAUGGAUGAAAGCUUUCAUUUUUCUCUGUCAAGGUGUAGCCUCCCCUGUAGUAGCCAGAUCUACCUUGCGAAUUGCCAGGAACAAGAUGGACAUCUUUAUUCGACUACUCGGAUGUGCUUAUGGUAUUUGGAAUUUGGAUUUCUUCCGGACAAUUAUCCCACCGAUAUGCAGAUGUACACAUUCGAACACAGUAACAGUAGCCAGUAUAGUGUCCGCUAUGUUCUCUACCUCGAUGCAUCUGUGGAUUACUUCAGUAAAGAACACCUUCCUUACGCUAUCACUGCUUUGUUUGUUUUGAUCUUUGUGAUUAUCUUUCCACUUGUGUUUCUUGUCAUCUAUCCAAUGCGUUGGUUUCAACGAGUUCUAAACAAGUUUAAAAUUCAGCGUCAACACGUCGAUAUGUUUGUUUACUGUUACCAAGGUUACUACAAGGACG